AUGGAGCAGACCCGUCCAACCCUCAUCCAGAAAUAUCGGGAUUCAACAUCAGAGCUCCUUACCUCGCUCACAAACGGCAAUUCCCCAUACCUCUGGCGUGAGCUGGUUCUCGAAAUGUCCGCUCAACAUGAUUUCCUCUACCACGCCAUUCUCGGACUGAGCUCAUUGCAUGCCGACCUGCAGAAUCCAUCGGAGAAGGCCUCCCUCCUGGCUCUUGAGCAUCACAGUAUUUCCAUUACGCAGUUUCGCCAAGCACUCGCCAAAGGCAUGACCGCAGAUAAUUCCAAUGCUAUGUUUGCCUUCCAGUGUAUUGCCGUAGCCUACUCCUUCGGUUUUUAUGGUCAGGCAGCAUCACUGGCGAAGCUCAAAGAUCUCCUUACGAUCCUGCGUGGAUCAAAGCUCAUCGUUAAGUACGGUUCGACUACUUUGGAGACCGGUCCAUUUUGGCCAAUGAUUGCUUUGAAGCCUGGCGCAGACGAGUUUGCCUUACCACCUGGUGCGGAAGAGAUGAUAAGAUGCCUUGAGAGCCGAAUGAAUUCCACCAUCUCAACUGCAACAUAUCGCACCGUGUAUGAAUCUACCAUCGACCUACUACGUUACGCACUGUCUUUCUCCAACGCGCCAGAGUACUACCAGAUCGUGGUCAACACAUUUCUCCUCAUGGUCGAAGACGAGUUUCUGAAUCUUGUGUACCUAGGCGAGCCGUUAGCAUUGGCCAUCAUGGGUAAUUACGCUGUUGCCCUGCAAGUAGUAGGGAAGAACAGUAUUCUGAUCCGUGGAUGGGGAGUGAAGGUGCUGGAGGGUGUUCGGCAGUGGCUACCCAAGGACUGGCAUGACUGCAUUGCUUGGGCUGAGGAGGAGGUGUUCGGUGCGCCAGAACGAUGA